GGAUAAAUAAAACUACACCAUAUUCUUCACUCAGAAAAAAAAAAAAAAAAAACGGUUUGGCUUCCCCAGACCUGGAUUUCUCAACGGGCUGGGCAUAUGUAGCUUUGGCCUGUAGAGGGGCUGUUAUGGAGGUCCUGUGGAAGGUCCUGUGGAAGGCGCGGAACAAAGCAACCUACCUUCAAACAAGAGAAGACAACCUUCCAGCCCAGGUGGGUGAGUUGAUGUCUUGCUGUGAUAAGCUACUUGAGUCUGUGCCGGGCAUGUUUGAAGCAUCGCUGAAGAGGGCUCGCACGGGUGGAAACCUUAAGUUUGGUUUGGAGUGUGACAUCCCGAAGGCAAAGCGGCCGUGCGCUCGAACGAGUAAGAAUGCACUUCCUGAUGGCGGGAAGCGAAAUGCUCAACGACGAAGAUGCAAAGAAGAAAAAAUGCCUGCCGCUCUGGCGGUUGAGCAUCGUCCACCGCACUCGUUCGCAGACUCUGUUUUUAACUCAGUGCGGUCAUCGACGGGAGUCGGCGAGGAGAAGGUCUUGUCUGCAAGCGGGGGCGAGGCGACCGCUGUGGGAUUGUCAAAUUUGACCGUGGGGGCUGGUUUGGUUGGGGCCGAUGGUUGUGUCAAAGGAAGGGAGGAGGGCGUUAUCGUUGGUGGCAGUGGGAAGGAGGAACGUGCGGCUGGAGCAACUGAUUCGAUGGUGAUCGUCCUCGACGACGAGGACGACGAACGCAAACCAGGCGCCGACACUGGGAGUCGAAAGGGAGGUUCGGAUGCGGAGGAAGCUUCUUUGUCGCAGUUGAAAGGCUUCCCUCAGGGGCAGAACGUUGGCCUGAGCACUUCACCGGAAUGUGAAGAGCCCGCGAGGGCAGUGGAGACAAGCGCACGCGGACGUGGGAGAGCGAGGAAGGCAAGUGAUAGGAAAGAGCGCGCCGAGUCGUCAAGAAGAGGUCAUUCGCAACGAAGACAGCCGCGUGGCGAGGCUCUGGCUGCGGCUGCUGACGAGGAAGAAGAUGACAGGUCCGAGGGAAGACAGACGAAGUCUUCCUGCAGAGGGAAGCCUGCCCUAGUCAUCCAGGAAGCUCAAGCCCAGCGAACGAGAUCCUGCAGAGGGAAAGCUUCUUCUCCUCCGGAACCCGGAGUGGAAAGUACACAGGACCGGCGCAACCAGCAAGAGGAGAGCUCUCAAGCACGGCGCACACGCUCGUCUUGCAGAGAGAGGAUUUCUCCUUUUAACCCGGGGGAGGAAAAUGCGCAAGCCCGGCGCACAAGGUCUUCUUCAAGGGGAGGAAAGCCUGUCCAGGAAGAGGCAAGCUCUCAAGCCCAACGGACGCGAUCUUCCUGCAGAGGGAAAGCUUCUUCUCCUCCAGAACCAGGCGAGGAGAACACUCAGGACCGGCGCAACCAGCAAGAGGCGAGUUCUCAAGCACGGCGCACACGCUCCUCUUGCAGAGAGAGGACUUCUCCUUCAGACCCGGGGGCGGAAAAUGCUCAAGCCCGGCGCACAAGGUCUGCUUCCAGAGGAAAGCCGUCUCCAGCUGAUGCGGACGAUGAAAGCACUCAAGGACAACGGACGAGGUCGUCCUCUAGAGGAAAGCCUUCCGGGGAGCGACACGCGGAGGCAGGGGAGCUGCCUGAGGAGGAGGGGGAUCGCAGGACUGCUCCUCGCGUGCCAUUGAGCGUCUUGCCUGUGAAUUUGCCGCGAAAACCAGGCGGGAGAGGAGCGCUGGGGAGGGCUAAGAGAGGCAAGAAGAGCGACGAAUGCACGACAGAAGAGGAAGCUGCGGAUGGCGGAAGUGCGAAUUCAAACGCGCCCAAGGGUCGGAAGACAACGUCGGGAUCGUCUCCAGCUGCGACCGGUUCGGCUGGCGAGAGAGUUCCUGACAAGGACGUGGCUCCGCAAGUUCAGCACGACGCUGCACGUGGCGACGACGUCCCCACGAUGUCAUCCUCUCUGGGAGCUAAGACGAUGUCGAAUAAGGCCUCUGAAGCUGAGGAACAUCCCGAAGCUAACUUACAUCCCAUCCUUAAGGAGCAUCCCACUCCUAAAGACCGUCCCAGUCCUAAAGACUAUCCCGAGCCUAAAGUUAAUCCCGAACCUCAAGUGGUGAAUCACGAACCUAAAGAUCAUCCGCAACCUAACUAUCUACCUGAUAUUCUUGAGGAGCUACCCGACCUUAAGGAGCAACCUGAUCUUGAGGAGCAACCCCAACCUGAUCUUGAGGAGCAACCCCAACAUGAUCUUGAGGAGCAAUCCCAACCUGAUCUUGAGGAGCAACCCCAACCCGAUCUUGAGGAGCAACCUACUCGUGGUGAGAAAGACGAGCUUGAUGAGAAAUCCAAUCUAGAGGAGCAACCGGAUCUUGAGGAGAAGCUGGGAGUUGACGAGAAACACGAGGUUGAGGAGAAACCGAACCGAGAGGAGAUUGCCCAACCUGAGGAGAAAGCCGAUCCUGACAAGGAAGCCGAACCUGAGGUGAUAAUACCAGCUGCACGUGAGGAGCACGCAGGACUUCAGAAGAAGGCAGAACCUAAUGACCAACGCGAACCUAAGGAAGAUUCCGGACCAGGUACCGAACAUGCAGAGUAUCUCGAAGUAAAGGAGCUGCUGCUUCCUGAAGCUAAGGAGCCGUUUGAAGGUGAAGAGCGAGCCGCGGAAAUUGCCCUGCUGGCUGAAGUGAAGGGGAAUGAGAUAGGCAGUGCUGGCGGCUCAAGCGCUGAGAAAGCGAGCAAGCAAUCGUGCAGCUCAUCGGACUGUCCCGCUCAGGUCGAUGUCAUUGUCGGACAUUCGCCGCCUUGCAGCCGAGUCGGUGGUCCUGGGAAGAAGACGGGUGGGGGGAGAGGAAGUAGGCGACGGGCAGGGAAGUCGGUAAAGAUGGCGGCCUCGUGUCGCGGCCGAGCUUCAGCAAAUGUGACGUCAGCUUCAGGGAUGUGUGGAGGAAAAGUGGACGGGGAAGCCGAGGACAAGAGCGAACAAGAUGUGCACUUGUCACACGACGGCAGUAGCGGCGUGGUAGUUGUGGCUGGGGCUGAGGACCGGGAGAGACCUGUGGGCGAUACUGAAGGACCGGUAGGUGAUACUGAAGGACCGGUAGGCGAUGCCGACGGACCGGUAUGUGAUAUUGAAGCUGACGAUAGCAGUGCUGUCGGCGCCAAGAUGGCAGGAUACAAGGCGUGCAUUUUCCAGGUGCAGAGACGAUCAGAUGAGGAUGGACGCGUGGUGCCGAAAGAGAGUUCCAUGAUCUUUCAGCUGAUGCAGCAAUUGCCGGCUUGUCAGAUAGGUUCUGCUGCCUUCGAAAGAGAUUCUGAGCCUGGCGUUGGGAACGCUUAUACACACUUGCAGCUGACGCAGCAGCAAUCGACAACAACUUGGGAGAGGCGUUCUGAUAGCCCCGAGAGAGUUUGUGAACGUGUCAGAGACGUCCGAAGCGCUGACGUUCUGCUGCCAAAGGGUUCACAAGAUGAUGCUGCCGGUUCCUCGAUUGAGGAAAAGCAGCCGAAGGGUGGUAACGAAGACUUGGUGAGAGCCGACGCUGAGGGCAAGCGACGGUGCUCAUCGCCAGACCUCGUCGGUCAGGUCGAUGGCAUCGUUAAGCAGUCUCCGGUCUGCAGCGCGGAGGCGGAUGGCGAUGGGAAGGAGAGUAGUGGGGGGAAUGGACGUGGAGGGCGACGACGGGCGACGGCCGGGCAAACGACGGGCUUGUGUCGCGUUCGAUCAGCUGCAGAGAUUUGCGGGGGGAGAAGGGAUGAUGGUCGGCAAUCAGAUAGGAGCAAGGAAUACGCUGCUGCUGUGGAAUCGUCUAAUGACCGCUGUGGGCAGGAGGCACUUUUGCCGGAGGGCAGUGAGAGAGAGGCAGGUGGUAGCGCAGCGGCUGAUAACGAUAUGGCGGCGGUAGUCAGCCAGCUGGCAGCAAACGCGAGCAAGCGUACUGCUUUCCAGGCAGAGAAGCGAUCGGUUGAGGAGGACACGUGUCUGCUGGUGAAAGACUGCACCCCUGUCUCCCAGCUGAUGCAGCAAGUGGCCAUGCACGCCGCUGCCUUGGAAUGUGACGAGGUGACGGGUCACCUUUGCUGCGGGAGCGUUAGCGAAGGACGUGUAGAAAAUAGCGAUAUCCGUCCCGAUGUGGUGGUGUCAGUGACGAAGGAAGAGCUGUCGGAUGGAGAACGGAGGGGGAGAAGGUUAGGUGAGGCAACUGCUAGCAAAGAGCAAGAGGAGGAGAGGGGAAUUGAGGAGAAGUCCGAACAUUAUUAUAUCGUGGUUGAAGUUCCAACGGAUCGUAUGGAUGACAAUGACCGUGGGCAAUUUGACAACGCAGCCGCUGUGCAGACAGCAGUGCAAGCCGUCCAGCCAGGGCAAUUAGACAACUCAGCCGCUAAAUGCAUUGGCAGUCAGAUGCUGAUGGCUUAUCGUACUGGACGAGGGUCCGAGCCUAGCAGCAGUGCCACUCCGGCGCCGAUCAUGGAGAGCGUCAAAGAGGGCGUACAGGCUGGGGAAGAAAAGGGAGGAAUGGCCGAUGGAACAGAUCAGGUCACUUUUAUGAUUGAUGAUGCUGUGAGUUCCGACGAGUGUAUGGCAACGAGUGCUGGGAAUGGGAGGCUAAGCGGCCGUCUCUUGGAAGCAAGCAAUUCAGUACGUUUGGGAGAAAAGACCGAUGGCAGAUCUAGUGUUUCCAGUACGAUGAAGAUUCAGCACAACAGGUGGCAUGAUUUGGUCGAGGUCAGCGACGCGAAAUUGGAUGGCGAAGAGAAGGGGGAGGGGAGAAGAAGACGAAGGAGCGGCUGCGAAGGUGAGGAGAACUUGGCGGCGACGCCUGACGUGGUGACUGUAAUCAUGCCUCCGACGAGAGCGUCGGAACAGAUUGCGACGCUGCUUCCCUUGACGACGGCGAGCGGCCGUCCUCUUCGUUCCGCUUCCAACAGAACCGAGCUUGUCGCGUGUAUCAGAUCUUCUGUCCAGGAGAUGGAGGAUGCAGAGGGGAAAAUGGAAGCAGAGGGGCAAAUAGAAGACAAGAUUGGCGAAAAGAUCAAUGUGUUUCUUCCGUUGAGAACAGCUGGGAGGGCAAAGGCACAAGGGGAAGAAAAAAUAGCGAGGGAGAGAGUGGCAGAGGGGCAAAUAGAAGACAAGAAUGGAGAAAAGACCGAUGGCCUUCGACUGAAGGCAAAGGAGGCGGCGCAAAUUGAAGAAAUCGCGGGGGAGAGAGUGGUGAUCCUUCCGUCGAGGAGGACGGGGCGUCGGGCCCCUUGCGCCGGAUCUGGUGCAACGGGGCCGGUAGGCGAGGAGUUGAAGAAGGUGGAGAUGGAGGGGCAAAUGGAAAAAGACGAGAAGGGAGAGAAGACACGUGUUCUUCCAUUGAGAGCAACGGGGAGGGCAAAGGCACAAGUCGAGAGGGAGAGGGUGGAGACCCUUGAGUCUAGGAGGACGGGACGUCGAGCCCCUUGUGCCGCUUCCGGCGCAGCGGGGGUGGUAGGCGAGGAGUUGAAGAAGGUGGAGAUGGAGGGGCAAAUGGAAAAAGACGAGAAGGGAGAGAAGACCAGUGUUCUUCCAUUGAGAGCAACUGGGAGGGCAAAGGCGCAAAUUGAAGAAGUCGAGAGGGAAAGGGUGGAGAUCCUUCCUUUGAGGAGGACGGGGCGUCGGCCUCCUUGUGCCACCACAGCUGCCGCAGCGGGGGAGGUCGGCGAGGGGUUGAAGGCAGAGAUCCAACGACAGGUGGUGGGAGAGACGGUAGAGCCUCUUCCUUUGAGACGGUCUGGGCGAAUACGUAUGCCAGCGCAGUCGAGCGCGGAAGGAGUUUCAUGUGGUAGGCCUGGUGAUGAAUGUAGUCCGAUAACCGUCUCGAUGGUGCAAGGGAAGACAGGGCAACCAAUCGAGGGCGUAAUUAGAGUUCCUACUGGGGCGGGCCAGAAGACACAACAAUAUGAGGAAGAAUUAUCGAAGAGUGUGUUUCCUCGGUCUUCUUGGACCGUUGCCGCAUGCUCUGCGAGAACUGCGCUCUCCCAGGCGGAGGAGAGUGAGAGAGGAGGAGGUGCUGAUGGGAAAUUGGAGGUUGGUGGGGGUGAAGAUAAUGGGCAGGAACAAGAAAACGAUGGAGGAGUAAAGAAUGACAAAUUGGAGGCAGGUGGUGAAACGAAGGAGCAUGAAGAAGAAGAAGAAGAAGAAAUAGAAAAGGACGGAAAGAAGACUGAGGCUCUUCCCUUGAGAAGAACCGGGAGGGCGAAGAAGAGGCAAACUGAAGAAACUGUGGGGUUGGUGGAAAGAUUGGAGGUGCUUGUUCCAUUGACCACCAAGACGGGGCGGCGUCUUCCUUCUGCAACAACCGGCCCGGCUGGGGAGGUAAGCCGGGAGCCGCCGAAGGCAGAGACGGAGCGCGAGACGGCAGAGAAACCCGAGCCCCUUCCCUUGAGGAGGUCGGGUCGGAUACGCAUGUCCAAUGCGCAGACGAAGGCGGAGCCAACAGCUUCGAAGGGUCAGCAGGAUGCUGGACAUGAUAGUAGCCCGAAUGUGACAUUGGCAGAGGCGAAGGUGGCCACACAACCAGAACGCAUGACAAGCACGAGUCUGAAUGCUCACACGCCGCCGUGCGGGCCGAGGAUGUCGAAGGCUGUGCUCCUUCCUUCGACGAUGAUUGGCCAUUGUCCAGGAAGAAGUGUGUGUUCCGACGAAGGUGGUAGCAGAGUAGGUGCUGCUGCUAAUGGGACGCACGUGGAGGGUGGCGAUGUAGGCGCGUCGUCGUCCCCGCCUGAUGGGGAGAGGAGGAAGGCACUCGGUGGUCAACCGGGUGCUACCGACGACGAUGAGAAUCGCGCCGCAGGAUGUGGUGGUAAUAGCGGAGGCCGAGAAGAACGGUCACGGGGAAGAUGGAAGAGCGAUUGCGGUGCAGGAGGGGAGAGUAACGUCCUCCCUCCUCUUCCCAGGUCGAGAACCGGGCAACUUCGCGGCGGGAAAGUCGGUAGUACAUCCCGUAAUCCUUGCCCGGGCUUGGUUGGCAACGUGGGAACGCAGUAUAGCGCAGUGGAGAAAGACGAGGAGCUGAAGGCAAUCAAGCUGCUGCGGCCGUUAGAGGAGGAAGACGAGACAGGAGGCAGGCGUCGUAGGGAAGCCGCCCCCGCCGGCUGUGAAUCAACCGCUGCAGCUGAGGACUCGAGGAAAGCCGGCAGCUCUCCGGACGGAAGAGCGGCGGAAGGAGUUGUUCUUCAGGCGCGGAGUGGCUGGCGCGAAGUGGGAAGGGCUAGCUCCUGCAGCAAUGCUGUCAUCAUCACCGCCGGGGCCUUGGUUGCUGAAGAAGCGGGCGUUGGUGCUAGGAUGCCGGCCUCGGCAGCCCAGGAGACGAACGAGUCCGAGUAUGUAUUACUGUCGAGGGAUCCAUCGCUGAAGACGGAGAGGGAGAAAGCGGGUCCUCUACGGAGAGUGAAAGAGAGUGUAGUGGAGUGGGAAGGUGAAGUCGAGAAGGAAAGGCGAGCGGUACCUGUCGCCGCAGAGAGAUUUGGCGACGACGAUGACUUGAUGGGUGAUCAAGUCUCGUUUGCUUCUUUUGUGGCUCCUGGGUGCCGUUUGAAGAAGAAACCGAACGGGGAGAAACGGUGCAGUCCACGCGCGGGGAAUGGGAAUGGGGCACAGUGCAUUGCGUGCUGGUGUCCGCCUCUGGUAAUCGUUGGGGAGGAGGGGUCCGUAGCUGGCAGCGUGGAUUUGUCCGUCGCCGUGGAAUCAUCGAUCGACUACAUGGAAGUCUGUUCGCCGUCGUUCAGUUCUCCAAGAGGGGAUCGCUUGGGCGGCGGUGUGUUAGAACGCAGGGAACUCACAGAGGAGUGCGAGUUGAGGGGUGGUAAUGUGGGAAGGAGAGGUGAAGAGUGCGCCUCGACAGCACGGAAAGCCACCCGGCAGCCCCGUGAGGGAUCGCCACGCAGGUUGCUGGAAGAAGAAGAAGAAGAAGAAGAUAAGGCGAGCGGCAGUCGAACGGGGCGAAAUGUAAACGACAACCCAUCGACGAACGGCGAUCGCUGGAAGGAGAUGAGGCCUUGCAACGCAGAGGUAGAGAGAGGAGGUGAGCGUGGUGAGGAACCCUCCUGCGAAGCUCUGCUGGUCGGGGACUUGGAAAAGAAGCGUGCGCGGAGGUCGUCAGCUCGAUGGAAAAAGGUCAGUGGAGGAAGCUUGAAGAAGAAGAUCGUGGCGGAGGAGGCAACGAAGAAGACAAUGGAUGCGGAGCUGGCUUGCGAUGCCGACGACGAGCGAACUACAGGAAGAAGGAGAGCAUCGGGUGACCCUGUAUUGCGCUUGGAUGUGGCAGCUGGAGCAGCAGAGAACGCGGGCAACAACGACAGUGUAGGAGAGGCGGGGAGUUGCCGGUCUAAGAGUUGCCGGUCAACAUCGCGAAAGGCUCGAGCGCUUUCUACGCGCGCGAAGCAUCCCUCCUCACUUCCGGUCCAGGCGUCUGACGACGCAGAGGCAAACGAAGAAGGCGCGGAGGAGCCCAAGGUGCUGCCUGCAGGUGCUCGGCAGAGCGAUGCUCAGGAGGACGGGAGCAGGAGAGAAUCUCCUCCCCUCAACGAUGUGGAGAGAGAAGGAUCGGAGGAACAGAGGAGACGUGCGCAGCAGCAGAGUUCUGAACGUCGAGGAAAACCCGUUGCAGAGGUGCUGCGUACAGGUGCACGACAGAGUGAUGCCCAGGACGACGGGAUCACGGAAGAAUCUCCCUUGCUCAACGAUGUCCAGAGAAGAGAACGGGUGGAGGGACGAAGACCUGCGCAGCGGAGUUCUGAAGCGCGAGGAAAACCCGUCGUAGAGACCCCAAUAGCAAGCGUCGGAGGAGGAAAAGCGUUGGCGGCAACCGAUGUUGACGUGGCUUGCGAUCUAGAGAAUGAGCGGGUUGGUGGAGGGAGGGCUGCAGAUGGCGAUCCAAGAAGUUCAUUCGAGGAGGAAGUGGCCGCUGGCGGAGAGCACGAUGGCAAGGAUAGCGUAGUAGAAGUGGCAGAGUGGAGGGGGAGGAGCAGUCGGUCAGCUUCGCGGAGGAAAGGCCGGUCACUUUCUUCGCGUGCAAAGCAUCAAUCUCUCCGGGUCGAGCCGUCUGAUAAUGAUGCAGCGGAGGCAAACGUAGGCGCUACGGACCCGAAGUUGUCACGGUCAGGUAUGCGGCAGAGUAAUGCCGGCGAGGACCAGAUCGAAGAAGUGUCUCACGUGAUCGAAGGGUUGGAGGGCAAACAGCGAUGGGAGGAACAGAGAUGCAACAGGAGGAGCAGCUCGGCGGCAGCGGGGAAGGAAAAAGCCAAUGACGGUAGCCCGAUGAAAACGGUCGUCGUAGAGGAGCUGUUGACCGCGACGACGGUUGGCGAGCUGGCUAGCAGUGAUCGGGAGGAGGGGGGACCAGCUCGUGUAAAGGGAGCUCCGCAUAAUGGGGUUUUCGUGGUGGAUUUGACAGGUGGAGUAGAGAAAGACGGAGAAGACAGUCCAAGGGAGGUGGGGACGACGGCGAGAAGCAGCCGGUCUGCAUCAUCGCGGAAGGGUCGUUCGCAUUCUUCGCGCGGGAAGCUUUCCUCGUCGCAAGACGAGCCGCCGCUCCAUGCAGAGCCAAUCAUGGCCUCUGGAGAUGCAGAAAAUGUGCCACCUGCAGGUGUGCGACGAAGUGAGGCUGACCUGGACAGCAACCGGAUGGAUGAGCUGUCCCCCGUCACUGAUUCUCAUCAGGUGUGCGACGAAAGGAAACCGUCACAACGCUGCUUGCUCGCAGAACCGGCUGCAGGCGAAGCGGCUGCAGGAAACGUGCACAGGACGGGACAUGAAGGCUAUAGCACAGAUGAGAUGAUGGAGGGCGGUGGUGAGUCUAACGACGGGGAUGAUGCGUGUACAGCGGAGGACUACGGCCAGACCGAUCGACCGCGGUUAUGUGCUUCUGCUGAGAACGAAGACGAAAUCGUUGUGGUAGACGAAGGCGAGGACGGCAUGUCUGGUAGCGAGGGAAAGUCAACAAGCAAGAGAAUGGAUGCGAAAGGAGAGGGGAAGAAGAAGGCCGGCGAUGACGGGUGCACCCUUCUUCCUCUUCCGUCUUUGUCGGUAUUGAAUCAUACACCAUCCAAUCUUUGCACAUCUGUAGCUUCUUUCCUCAACCGCCCGAAGGCGGUUCAAGCCCUGCAAGCAACUUGCAUCCCUGUUGUCACGGCGGCGACCGAGAAGACCGGAUCAUCUUACUGUGCUCCUGGAGGUGGUAGCGCAAAGGAUGUGCUGACCACCUCCUUGGCGGAGCAAAGGGAAAGCGAUAAUGUAAACAUUUGUGCAUCUGUGUACUCGUUCCUGCCUGUGGUAGCCAAACCUCCACCACCCGUACCCGGAGUUCCUUGUGGAAAGCGGAAUGUCAAGGUGAAAGCACUGGAAGCAGCCGAAGAGGCAAGACGGGAGGAGGAGAAGAAGGCCGAGGAGAGGAGGGUGAGGAAGGAAAUGGUUGCCAACGCAACUGCUCAGAAAUGUGUAAGAGGUGAUGAUGCAAAUGUAGAUCGAUCAGGAAAGCGAGGUAAGGCAAACAAGAAGGGAAAGAUGGGUGCUGCGCCUUCCGUGCCGCGCGAAGAGGACGAAGAGGUUAAGGUGGUCGAAUCGAGGCUGAAACGGGUGCAGGAGGUCUGCACUAAGGUAAAGCUAGAGUCGGAGAAGAAAGCGGCGGAAGAUAGGAGGAGGCUGGAGGAAGACCGGGCCAGGAAGGAGAUGGAAAUUGCGCUCAAGAAGAAGGCAAAGGAAGAAGCAGACAAGAGGGAGAGAGAGGAGAAGCGAAGACGGCAGGAGGAGGCCAAGAACGUCCGCAAGGAAGCCGAAGAGCGCCAACGUAUGGAGUAUGAAGAGAAGGAGAGAAAGAGAAAGGCCCAGGAGGAGGCAGAGAGGGAAAGGAAGGCUGCAGCGGAGGAGGCAAAGAGACAACGCAGGAUGGAGAAGGCCAUGGAAGUUGAGAGACGCAAGAAAGAGAAGGAAGAAGAAACCGCUGCAAAGUGGGAAGCCGAUAGACGAGAGGCUGAGCGAAAAGAAGCUGAAAGAAGGCGUGCGACAGAAUCUCACAUGAAAAGAAAGGAACUGGAGUCGGAAAGAUCCUAUGACAGGAUUCAUAAGGCACCAAGAGUUGCAGAACAGCGCAGCGCCUGCAUGGGUCUAUUAGUGGCAGUGGGGAGUUCUGGAGGCAGUGGUGCUGGUGUACGACGAGGAACAGCAAGCGAUGCUUCGCUAGGGCAACCACUUUCCCCUGGCAUGUCAAAGGUCAGGAGCAGACCCGGUGGCAGUUCUACUGCCUUGCACACAGCUUGUAAUUAUUUUGGGCCGUCUGGUACCCUCACUCAAGCGUUGGCCUCGUUGAAUUCAGCUGCGAAUGUGUCAACAUCUGUUGCAUCGCCCAGCCUUGGUCGGCUGAAAAAAGUGAAAGCUGACAACAGCAAACUGACAGGCACCGGUGCAAAGCAAGUUGCUUUUGCCGUCGUCACUGUGAAUUCUGCCGGUGUUUCAUCCCCACUUCGGUGCAGACCUUCGCAGUCAGCAGCAUCAACGCCACCUCCCCCACGUGUUCUGGCUCCUCUGAACGUCAAUGUCCCCAAGAACUCAAAUCCUGGUGCUGGGGACAUGAAAGACGUCAAGGAGGUUAUGACCCGUUCGUACGCUGGGUCUGCAGUGGCACCGUCUUCAGAGCAGCCGGCUCGAGCAGAGGCAGCAGAGGCAGCACGGGUGGACGUGAGCACAGGGGAUGUUUCUGCUGCGAGUUGGGGAGGGGGGAUUGUGAAGUCUGCUAACCAUGCAGAGGCACAUUUCAGUGCUGUUCAAAAGAGUGCUGGGUCCCAGGCGGCAGCUGUCACUGGUUUGGCAAUCGGAAAAGGGCUAAGCGAUGCAAGGCCAGGCGCUCCUGAGACGAGGAUGCCGGUCAGAGCAAGUGAGGAGGCGGUGCAGUCUUACGAGAUCUCUCCUUAUCGGGCCAGUGACAGCGAUUCAGAGGAAGACCAACCUUCCUCAAAGUGCAUCCCACUGUGGGCCAGGCGAGAGAAUUUGAGUCAAUCUCUCCACGCCCAGGUGUCAGUUGAUCCUGAUCAUAUCUUUCCUGCAGUGGAGACUUGCAGCCUUGAGGACGUAUUCAAAGAUGAUGGAAAGAAGCACCGCAAAUACAACAAACGGAAGAGCAGCGGCAAUUGGCUCCACGAUCGCCUGACAACAAGUGAAGUGAUAAGCUACAAGAAGGGCAUGGGUUACCUCUAAGUGAGAGAGGUUUGGUUCGGCGCAGCUGACUGUU